AUGUCUCCAUUCUCCGCAACCCGUCAAGCCACCGGCGUCCUCUCCAAGCCUCAAUUCCUCUCACUUGUACGAUCGUCGCCCCACCGCCCCUACUCAACUCCGAGACCGCCACCCAACGCCCCUCACAAUCAGCAACGAUCGCAUUUCAAGAUCCUCCCCAUCAUCGCCAUUCUCGCCAUUGGCUCCGGUUCUUACGUCUUGCUCGUCAAAUCUCGUACUGGCCAACCUACCCGACCCAACUAA